CUUUCACGCCGCAUGCAACUUUCUUCCAAGAGCAAGAUACUUUCCAUUGAGCCUUCAAAAUGCUUUAUCUAGUGGGGCUCGGCCUUGCCGACGAGACUGACAUUACUGUCAGAGGCCUGGAGGUUGUCAAAAAGGCCGAGCGCGUUUACCUCGAAGCAUACACAAGCAUCCUUCUUGUGGAGAAGGAGAAACUAGAAGCUUUCUAUGGACGUCCCGUCAUUGUGGCGGACCGCGAAUUGGUCGAGACUGGUAGCGAUGACAUCCUCGCUGAAGCUGAUAAAGUCGACGUCGCUUUCCUGGUCGUGGGCGAUCCCUUCGGUGCUACAACACAUACCGAUCUGGUUCUACGUGCUCGCGAACUAGGCAUCGAGUCCAAGGUCAUCCCCAACGCAUCGAUCAUGUCCGGAAUUGGCUGCACUGGUCUGCAGCUUUACAACUUCGGACAGACCGUAAGCAUGGUCUUUUUCACCGAAACCUGGAAGCCUUCAUCCUACUACGACCGCAUCAAGGAAAACGCUGGACUGGGUCUUCACACGCUUGUUCUGUUGGACAUCAAGGUGAAGGAGCAAUCGCUUGAGAACAUGGCCCGUGGCCGUUUGAUUUACGAGCCCCCGCGUUUUAUGACGGUCGCGCAGUGCGCCGGUCAGAUGCUUGAGACGGAGGAGGAGCGCCAGGAGGGAGUCUGGAACCCAGACAGCUUGGCUGUCGGUGCCGCUCGCGUGGGAGCUCCUGACCAGAAGUUGGUUGCGGGUACUCUCAAGGAGCUGGCCGAAACCGACAUGGGUCGACCCCUUCACAGCUUGGUCCUGCUCGGUAAGAGAGCACACGAUCUUGAGAAGGAUUAUAUCAAGCAGUUUGCUGUGGACGAGGCGACAUUUGACGCCGCUUGGCAAAAAGGAGGCUAUGGUACCAUGUAGGGUACUGCAGCCUUGUAAUGAAUGAUGUUGAACGAACAUAGAGAUUCACCCCGCUAAAUCAAAACAUGUGAGCCAUCCGAACCGACAUUUCCAGACACUUCAGAAGCC